CCUAGAGUCCGAUAACAACCUAGGACCUCAGUAUUCAUAUAUCAGACAUCAAUCAAAUCGCAUCAAACGGUAUCCGGAGCCAAAGUAUUCGCCUCAGCGUCAAAUGCGUAUCCGCGGGUCGGGGACCUUGACGCGUGGAGGAGCUCCGUCACGCCCGUCACGCGUAGUUCCCUUAAUUGCACUUGAAGAUGAUAUAAUCUUUAUGCCUGAGGCAGAAACAAUCACUGAACUACUUCGAGGCAUCGAGCGGAGUAUACACUUUCUCUCUCCUCGUCCCCCUGUCUUUUUCUUGGUGUAAACAUGACGUUAUUGGAGUUAUUAUACAUUAUAACAUACUAGUAUACAGUGUCAAGGGGCGUCGUCCGACAGUCAAUGUAUAGCGGCUAC